UUGCGCAGCAAGUGUUUCAACACUAAGUGAAAGCUCCCUUGAAAGAAACUGGACUUCAACGACGGAAGUUGCUGCUGUCAAAUCGGUGGAAUGAUCUCCCAUAGGCUUGAGAAGGGUGACAUAUGUCUAAACACGAUCUACUCUGCAAUCGAAAUUCCUGCAACUGGACGAACAUGGAAGAUGUAGGAUAGAUGUCACCUUUAUCGUAUGAUCUUAAUGAUUCGUGAAUCAAGAAUGACAAAUGCUUCUUUUUGGAGUCUACUUCUUUUCUCUCUGUGUUUUCACGCUGCAUGUCUGCCGGUAGUUUCUCCAUGUGAGAAGUACGCCACGGUGAAAACAGCUGCAGAGGACUACAGAAUGGUAAUCUUACCUCUGCUGGUAGACACUGAAAGCGAGGUCAGUAACAGACUCAACAGCACAGUGUGUGGGGAAACAAACAAACCAGUCUGUGAGGAAAAUAGAGAGACGCGAUCCAUCAUAAACAUGGUGUGCAGAAGACACUUCAAGCUGAGCAGUGUGCCCAGAGCCAAGAGUCUGACAAAGGUGGUCCUGACAUCCCUGGACUGUCCAUGUCCUUUACAGAGGCAGAGAGGGAAGGAGCGAGGAGGUCCUGCAGGGGGGGAGAGAGGAUCAGGUGGAGGACAACCAGGGCGAGGAGAGGCUGGACAGAGAGGUGAAGGAGGAGCGGGGAGAGGAGAGGCUGGACAGAGAGGUGAAGGUGGAGCGGAGAGACGAGAGGCUGGACAGAGAGGUGAAGGUGGAGCGGAGAGACGAGAGGCUGGACAGAGAGGUGAAGGUGGAGCGGGGAGAGGAGAGGCUGGACAGAGAGGUGAAGGAGGAGCGGGGCGAGGAGGGGGACACAGAGACACCAGGCAGCUGUGCAGAUUAAAGCUCUCCCUGGAAUCGCUGAAACUCUGUUACCAGGCCCUGGCUAGUGGACACGUUCCGGGGACAUAGGAAGUAGCAGCAGGUGCUACCUACUCACCAGACUCUUGAAACACCUAGCAAAGUUACAGACAGUCCAUGCGGCGGGGCUCCUCCUUCCGUGCUCCACAACGCCACACCUUUCUCCGUCCACUUCAAGCUUCAUCUCUGCCAUCUUGUUUUUUCUGCUCGGCCUAAAUGGACCGAAAGAAGCACUUGGCAGACCUUCACUUCCUGGGAUAUUUACGACUUUGUUCCUUCCUUGCACUUUGUUUUUGUGAUCUUGUUGUUACACUAUCUGGCAGGAAGCUGCACUAACGAGUAGUCCAUGUUGCACUUAAAAUGUUGUUUCUGUUCCUCUGUACUUGGCACAGCACUUUACAAAGCACUACCGUAAUCGAGAUGUCGUUCUAUGACUGAAGAGGAAUUGGAAUUUAUUUUAGAAUUUUCGUAGUAUGACACACAUGCAUGCAGGGAGCAGUGACACCAAUAACAGACACACACAACCACCAAAGAAGUUUGUUCUCCACAUUAUUCCCAUCCAUACUGUUCUUCCUUCAAGCAGAGGAGAAAUUGUUGGCAGCCAUAUCAGGGGGUGCCCAGGGACACAUUCCAAGUGUUUGUGUAGUAUUUAGUUUUGUUCACCGUGGCUGUUAGCUGAGAUGUGGUUAUUUUGGGAUUUGGCUUGUAAAAACAGACCAUUCCCGACCACCAAAAUUCUGUAGCACUAUGCACUUCUGAUCAUUGAUCUUCUGCUUUACUUUCUACAUGCACUUUUUGUACAUUGCUUUGGAGAAAAGCGUCAGCUAAAUAAGUAAAAAAUGAAUGUAGUUCCAAGCUAUGGACAUGUUUCUCCAGUUUAGUCAGCGAAGGGAAUGUUUGGCAUCUGAUUAUAAAUGUGUGUCUGUAGUUUGGUUAUCUUGAGAACUGGGCCCUGUAUACAGUUGAAAUGCACUGGCCGGUUAUUCUAUAUUCUCAUUCAGGGGCCAAAACAGCAAGCAACCCACUUAUGAUGGCUGUUUCAACCUCCACUAGGGCUAAAGGGCUAAUGUUGUUGCUUCCAGACAUUGCUGUUAUAUCGAUCCAAUAUGGUUACGCAGUUCACCUCAUCAAAACCUUUUUUUAACCUUUCUACCCAGUCCAUAACUGGAUGAACUGUUUAUUGUCUUUUAUGCAGCUAACAAUAAUAUUUCUUGUACACACUGAAGGCAAUGAACAAUGAGAAAGCAACCACAAUUCAGAGAUUCUUAACAUUUGUGUCGACAGUGAAUAUACCGUACGUUGAAUUAAAUGAAUGUCCAUGUUUGGGUGUCUACAGUCAAUGUCCUUCACAGGAGAACAAAGUCUGCGUCCGCAGUAUUGGCUGAGCUAAGCCUGGCAUGUGAUGUGUGUGAAGCCUGCAUUGAGGAUCAUCUCAAAAGUGUUUGAAGUUCGUUAUAAAAUGGGCAUGCUGUUGAAACGUGAUCUGAAGGCCAUUAACCCUUGUGUUGUCUCAACAUUCCGUACACUCCCCUUGUCCUAAGGGUCAAAAAUGACCCACCUUCACCAAACCCCUAAAAUAAAGCAGCGUUAUUGAAUUUUAAACUCCCAAUCUAUUUUGCAUGAAGAAACAACCUGUACUUCAUCACAACAUUUGUGAAUAUGCAGGUUUUACCUCUUCACAUUGCAGAAAGACUACAUUUAAUCAGUGGACAACUAUUCGUUUUUAUUACAGCAGACCUGUCAUAACAGUUUUCUUUACUAAAGUAGAGGUGUAUAAUUGCUUCAUGCACCGGGUUGUAUUAUUCCCCAUGUUCUUCUUCAGAUACCUCCUCUUCUAAAUCAUUGUUCUCUUGGGCAUCAGAAAAUAUCAGAUAUACAACCUGUAGAUCUGAGACCCUAACCUUGUUGGGCACUGAAACAUGCAGUCAUGGCUUCAGCAUAGAAUACUGGGGGUAGUGUCAUUUGCAGAACCUUUGUAGCCUCUGACUGCAUUUCCCAUUAGUAAACAAUGCUUUGAAUACAUUUUAUUUAGUCUGACAUUUGGUUUAGUUUGUCUGAAAUUGUUUUUAUUUUGUCUGUGAGCUUGAGUCAUGUAUGGAGGAGAGAUGCUGCACCUGCUUACAGAAGUUGUAGCUUUGUCUGAGUUCAAUCAGUAGCACAAAUAAUGUAAUUAUCGUAUGUGUGUGAGUGUACGUGUCUGUAUGUGUGUCAAUUCCUUUUUUUUUUUGUGGUGUGUAUAAUGGUUUUAUAACUGCCGGGUCAAAAAUGACCCCUAAGACCAUCUUUGUACCCUAGUGGUAUACAGCUUUCAUGGAAAUGUGAACAAAGACAAUGUUUAACUUUUUCUAAUGUUGGGGUCAUUCAAAGAAAAGUCAUACAAUUUCAGGUGAAAAAAAUAACAUUUAGGGGGUUUUCUCUGCUGAUAAACGUAGUGACGGGUCAUUUUUGACCCCUAAGACAACACAAGGGGUUAUUAACCUUCAUUACAGAUUCUUACACUACCCAGUGGAGAUUGAAAGCUGCUUUCUUUAGUGAUUGUGUUACAGGACUAAGUGAAACAAGUUGCAUUGGAGACGGUCGUGGACCCUGGUGUGUCUGGUCUGAGUUGAAGGUGUGUGACUCACCUCACAGCACAGGCUUUCCAUUCAAUACUGAGCUGAAUAAACACUCCACAAACAGAACAUAAGUAGUAAUAUACAGUGUACACACAUAUAUAUAUAUAUAUACACAUCCUGUAGAGGGGGGUUUAACAAAAU